GGACUAACCAUGACAUUUGUGUGAACGCUUAGACUGACGACUACCGUUUAUAUAAGGUUUUUUUUUAAACUUUUGACGAUUUCUUGCCAUUAGAAUGGCUCGUACUAAACAGACCGCAAGAAAAUCUACUGGAGGAAAGGCUCCUAGAAAACAAUUGGCGACUAAAGCUGCCCGUAAGAGUGCACCAGCUACAGGUGGUGUGAAGAAACCUCAUCGUUACAGGCCAGGAACUGUUGCUCUUCGUGAAAUUCGUCGUUACCAGAAGAGCACGGAGCUACUUAUUCGCAAACUUCCUUUUCAACGACUUGUGAGAGAAAUCGCCCAAGAUUUCAAAACUGAUCUGCGUUUCCAAAGCUCAGCUGUUAUGGCACUACAGGAAGCCAGCGAAGCCUAUUUGGUUGGCCUCUUUGAGGAUACCAAUUUAUGCGCAAUUCAUGCUAAACGUGUGACCAUCAUGCCUAAAGACAUCCAGCUGGCUCGUCGUAUUCGUGGAGAACGUGCUUAAUUUUUUCAACGUUGAUACUUUAAACACUCGGCCCUUUUCAGGGCCAC